AGGAGCUAGAAAGGCGAGAGAGGGAGAGGGGGAGAGAGAGAGAGAGAGAGAGAGAAAAAGAGGAAGGGACGAGGAAGGAGCGACUUCGAAGAAGACGAAGGAACGGGAGCUUCUCUCGCCUCUCUCUCUCUCUCUCUCUCUCUCUCUCUCUCUUCGCUCUCCUUUCACUCUCCUCGUCCCCGCUUGAAUCCGAGAUUCGGCGGCGGGGGCGCGCGGUGUCACCUCUCCUGCGACGGUUGUAGAGGAUGGAUCUGCGGUCGCCGGAGAGGUACCAUCGGAGGUACGACGAGGAGUGCGGCGGCGGAGGAGGCGGCGGCGGCGGCGAUGGCGAGAUCUGCUCCUCCAGCGACGACGCCUUCGACAUUCCCCCCAAGAACGCCCCCCUCGAGCGCCUCCGACGGUGGAGGCAAGCUGCUCUUGUGCUCAAUGCAUCCCGUCGAUUUAGAUACACUCUUGACUUGAAAAGGGAGGAAGAGAAGGAGAACAUAAGGAGAAAGAUUAGGGCUCAUGCUCAAGUUAUACGGGCAGCAUUUCUUUUCAAGGAGGCUGGGGAAAGAGAGGCACCUGUAGAUACUGUUGGUGGAAAGCUGGUGGAUGCUGCUGCUGGUUUUCUAAUUCGUGCGGAACAACUUAAUACAAUGACCAGGGAUCACAAUUUAUCCACUCUUCAGGAAUAUGGAGGGGUUAAAGGGCUAGCAAAAAUGUUAAAAUCCAAUGUAGACAGAGGAACAAGUGAAGAUGACAUGGAACUAAUGCAAAGAAGAGAGGCAUUUGGAGCUAACACAUAUCCCCGCAAGAAAGGAAGAAGCUUUUUGCUUUUCCUAUGGGAGGCUUGCCAAGAUUUGACUCUUAUCAUCCUGAUGGUAGCUGCAGUUAUAUCUUUGGCAUUGGGAAUGACCACAGAGAGUGUAAGUGAAGGAUGGUAUGAUGGUGGAAGCAUUGCUUUUGCUGUUAUUCUUGUUAUACUUGUUACAGCAAUCAGUGAUUACAGACAAUCUCUACAGUUCCAAGUUCUGAAUGAAGAGAAACAAAAUAUACAGUUGGAGGUGAUCAGAGGCGGUCGAAGGAUUGAAACUUCAAUAUUUGAUCUUGUUGUUGGUGACGUUGUUCCCCUUAAAAUUGGUGAUCAAGUUCCUGCUGACGGCAUUCUGAUUUCUGGUCAUUCUCUUGCAAUUGAUGAAUCGAGUAUGACUGGAGAAGCUAAGAUUGUCCAUAAGGAUCAAAAGGCACCCUUUUUGAUGUCUGGCUGCAAAGUUGCUGAUGGCUAUGGUACAAUGUUGGUAUCUGCUGUUGGAAUCAAUACUGAAUGGGGUCUAUUGAUGGCCAACAUAUCCGAGGAUAAUGGUGAAGAAACUCCCUUGCAGGUGCGGCUGAAUGGUGUUGCUACUUUUAUUGGUAUGGUAGGGUUGACAGUUGCUGGGGCGGUCCUUGUAGUCCUGUGGAUCAGAUACUUUACCGGACAUACUAAGAAUCCUGAUGGAACUGCUCAGUUUAUAAAGGGAAAGACAAGUGUAAAGGAAGCAUUCAAUGGAGCUAUUAAAAUCUUGACUGUUGCAGUAACUAUUGUCGUCGUCGCAGUGCCUGAAGGGCUUCCUUUGGCUGUAACCUUAACCCUAGCAUAUUCAAUGCGAAAAAUGAUGAGAGACAAGGCCCUGGUUCGCAGGCUUUCAUCUUGUGAAACAAUGGGAUCAGCAACAACAAUUUGCAGUGACAAGACUGGGACUCUGACCUUAAAUCAGAUGACAGUUGUGGAGGCUUAUGUUGGCGGAACGAAGUUAGAUCUUCCAGAGAAUACUAAAGUGUUGUCAGCAGCUGCAUCUUCUGUAGUGAUUGAAGGCAUUGCUCAGAAUACAACAGGCAGUGUUUUUGAGCCAGAGGAUGGUGGAGCUACUGAGGUCACAGGCUCACCUACUGAAAAAGCCAUCCUUUCAUGGGGCGUCAAGAUGGGGAUGAAGUUUAGUGAUGUGAGAUCAAAAUCUUCAAUCAUUCAUGUCUUCCCUUUCAGCUCGGAGAAGAAACGUGGUGGUGUUGCAGUACAGCUGGUAGACAAUAAUGUUCAUAUACACUGGAAAGGUGCUGCUGAAUUAGUCCUGGCUUCUUGUAAAAGCUGGCUAUCUGCAGAUGGUCUGGUUCAUUCUCUGACUCCCGAAAAGAUGAAUGAGUACCAGAAAUCAAUCGUAGAUAUGGCAGAAGCUAGCCUACGUUGUGUUGCUUUUGCAUACCGUCCAUAUGAUUUAGAGAAAGUUCCAAAGGGCGAGCAAUUAAGCAACUGGGAAUUGCCCGGGGAUGAUCUUAUUCUGCUUGGUAUAGUUGGCAUAAAGGAUCCAUGUCGUCCAGGAGUGAAGGAUGCUGUAAAAUUAUGCACUACUGCAGGUGUCAAGGUACGAAUGGUCACUGGAGAUAAUAUUCAGACUGCUAAAGCCAUAGCAUUGGAGUGCGGGAUACUUGACUCAGGUGUUGCUGUGACAGAGCCAACAGUUAUAGAGGGCAGAGCAUUCCGCGCCUUGUCUGAAGGAGACAGAGAAGCAAUUGCUGAAAAGAUAACAGUGAUGGGAAGGUCCUCUCCAAAUGACAAGCUACUACUUGUACAAGCAUUAAAGAAGAAAGGCCAUGUGGUUGCUGUUACUGGAGACGGUACUAAUGAUGCUCCUGCAUUACACGAGGCAGAUAUAGGUCUUGCGAUGGGUAUUCAGGGCACAGAAGUUGCAAAAGAAAGCUCUGACAUCAUUAUAUUGGACGACAAUUUUGCGUCAGUUGUUAAGGUUGUACGGUGGGGUCGCUCCGUGUAUGCAAAUAUUCAGAAAUUUAUCCAGUUCCAGCUCACUGUGAAUGUUGCAGCACUAGUGAUUAAUGUGAUUGCUGCUAUCUCAUCCGGUGAUGUGCCUCUUAAUGCUGUUCAGCUUCUUUGGGUCAACCUCAUCAUGGACACUCUUGGAGCUCUUGCUUUGGCAACCGAACCACCAACAGACAAACUUAUGAAAAGAUCCCCUGUUGGUCGAAGGGAACCUCUCAUAACAAAUAUUAUGUGGAGAAAUCUAAUAAUACAGGCUGUUUAUCAAGUUACUGUCCUCCUUAUUUUCAACUUCGCCGGCAGGAGUAUACUAAGAUUGAAGCAUGAUAGUCGAGAUCAUGCUGAGAGAGUGAAAAAUACCUUCAUCUUUAACACAUUUGUUCUCUGUCAAAUCUUCAACGAGUUCAAUGCUCGAAAACCUGAUGAAAAGAACAUCUUCAGAGGAGUCACGAAGAAUGGUUUCUUCAUGGGUAUAAUAGCCGUGACCAUUCUUCUUCAGGUCUUGAUCAUUGAGUUUCUUGGGAGGUUUACUUCGACUGUUAGGCUUAACUGGAAACUCUGGCUGGUUUCAAUUGGUAUUGGCUUUGUAAGUUGGCCUUUGGCGCUUGUCGGAAAGUUCAUUCCAGUUCCCAAUAUUCCUUUUCUGGAGUAUUUCAGACGGUGCUGGAAAAGCCCCCAACAAGAUGGCGAUGCCGAGCGUCAGGGAACUGCAUAGUAAGUGCGAAGUGCAGUUUGCUCUUCUGAUUGUGUGAAUAUUUUUGCUAACUAAGAAGAUUCCACCUUGCUUCCUACGUUAUGUACUAACAUUAGCUUGUCCAUAUAUCCGAUUAUAUGUGAAGCAUGUGUCUAUUAUUGUGUACAACUAUAAAAUGUGUGCUUAAUAACAAACACAAACUCCUGAAUUGUGUUGCUGGUUAUUGUUAUUAUAGUUUUUUUUUUUCUUUUGUAAUCUACAAUCUCGGGAUCGAGUGAAACAAAAUUACGACGUAGUUUCAAUCGUUUUUGUAACACCUGUGGUGGAAUCAUGUUUCUGUUCCAACUCUUUUAAGACAAAUACCAUCUCAGUUCGGAA